GACAGUUCGUUUCACCUUCAGAGUUUCUGUUAGAAGCAUUUGCCGACUGGCCAAGGACAGCUGAAAUAGAUCCUGCAAGUUACUUUGGUUUUCAAGUAGGAAGACAUUUUCAUACUUGAAACUGUCCUGUCGGUUUCUUUCUGUGCAAGAUAAUCAGCCACACUUAAAGCAUUUAGAACAUUAAUGAGGUGCUUGUUAAUAAACCUGGAUGACUGGCUGUGCUGCCAGCCCCCACCUCACAGCCCUUGCUGUCCGCACACCCAGUGUGGAGGCUGGUGAAUGGCUGUCUUCAGAGUGUCUGUCACUUGGGAAGCUGGUUAAACAUUCAAAAUCAGGCCCCCAAACUCCUAAGUUUGAUUCAGCAAAUCCAAGGGAAGCUCAAGAAUCUGCAUUUUGAACUCUUCUGCUUUGAGAGCCAAAGCUCUGUGCUCAAGCCAACCCUUAUUUGCCAGUGAGUAAUUAGGCCUUAACUUCUCCACUACUGACCAGCUCCGGAAGGCAGACCUGGAGGAUAAGCACCCUGGCAGCGUAUCAUACAGGGUCCUGUCUCAGGUUCCUUCUCAGGUUAAUGCAUUAUUGCAUGAGAGCAUUAAAUACAAUGGUUAUAAACCAUGGUCUUAAUGAUUUGAUACAGUGAGCAAAUCUUUAAAAUGAGAAACAUGCAGAGUGCUUAGCCAUAUAAUUGUACAGAAACUCACAUUAACUACUUAUAUUAAAAGUAAGAACUAUCUCUAACCUCCUAGACUGGUUUAAAAAAAAAGAGCAACGCCUAAGGCUAAAGAAAAUGCCUGUAAUGCUUAGAUUAUUGAAUUCUCCAGCCAAGUUAUGACUUUUCGGAACAAAGUAGUCUGGGCUUUUACUGUUGUUCCCUCACUAGCUCUACAGCCUUGGGCAAGUUUUGAGCUUUCCACAGUCUGAGCAGUCUGUACAGUGGACAUUAUAUAAUGAGUUGCCCAAGACAUUUCAUGAGACCCAUCUGUCCUUUGUUCAGAAAAGAGUAACUACUGUGAUGAGAUUUUAGCCCACGUGACACCCCACCCUAACCCACCCCACAGGAAGGCAAGCACAUGCCUGGGGAAGAAGCUGCCACAGAGAGGCAGGGGCUUUGAGAGAGGCUGGUCUUUGCACUUACUCCCCAAGAACCAUCCACUGCCAUGUCUCCUUACCCUUAACUUCUUGUGGCUUAACUUGAAUGGCGUUCUGUCCACUGACAUAACCAAAAUGGAGCCCCUACCCCAUGUGGUUACCAUGGGAAUUAAACUGGAAAUUGUAAAAAUUGAUUACAACAGCUGACAUAAGGCAGGUAAGGUAUUAACCACAUUAUGUUAACAACAAUGAACAGAUACUGUUACAUUUUCUAAACUUGUUCCUGCAUUUGUGUUUGGAAUCACAUUUGCUCAUGAUACUGUUAGAGUCAUCAUGGGCUAAUCAGAGCUAAGAAGACUGAGUUGGAUACAAAUUGAUGCUUUAUGGCAAGGGAAAGCCAAAUGAUAGCACAAUACAGAGAACUAAAAUUGCACCCUACUUUCAACACAGGUAAGUGAUGUCAUCUCUACCCGGUAAGGAGUAUAAUCAGCAUGCUCCGCUCAUGAACUCAACUGAAUUUUCAGGGGAGUGGGGUAUUGAAUGAUGUCCUUGGAUGAACUUGACCAUCUCCUUGGAGACUUGAAUGUUGAGUUUCUUUGAACAUCUGAGCCAGUUCUCUCUCACUGGAGCAAUGCUGAAAUUCCAAGAGACUGCUAAGUGUGUGAGUAGAUCAAGAACCAUUUCCACAUAUCCAAAGGGCUUGAUUGCGAGAAGAUAUGUGCUUCAGCAGAAGCUUGGCAGUGGAAGUUUUGGAACUGUCUAUCUGGUUUCAGACAAGAAAGCCAAACAAGGAGAGGAACUAAAGGUCCUAAAGGAAAUCUGCAUUGGAGAACUCAAUCCAAAUGAGACUGUGCAGGCCAGUUUGGAGGCCCAGCUCCUUUCCAAGCUGGACCACCCAGCCAUUGUCAAGUUCCACGCCAGCUUUGUGGAGCAAGAUAACUUCUGCAUUAUCACCGAGUACUGUGAGGGUCGAGAUCUGGACUGUAAAAUUCAGGAAUAUAAAGCAGCUGGGAAAACCUUCCCAGAAAGUCAGAUAAUGGAAUGGUUUAUCCAGCUGUUGCUGGGAGCUGACUACAUGCAUGAAAGGAGGAUACUUCAUCGAGACUUGAAAUCCAAGAAUAUAUUUCUGAAAAAUAACCUACUUAAAAUUGGUGAUUUUGGAGUUUCUCGACUCCUGAUGGGCUCCUGCGAUCUAGCCACAACCUUAACUGGGACCCCCCAUUAUAUGAGUCCUGAGGCUCUGAAACACCAAGGAUAUGACACCAAGUCGGACAUCUGGUCUCUGGCAUGCAUUUUAUAUGAGAUGUGCUGCAUGCAUCAUGCAUUCACUGGCUCCAAUUUCUUGUCCAUUGUUUUAAAAAUUGUUGAAGGUGACGCGCCUUCCCUCCCUGAGAGAUAUCCAAAAGAACUGAAUGCCAUCAUGAAAAGCAUGUUGAACAAGAGUCCUUCACUGAGACCAUCUGCCAUAGAAAUUUUAAAAAUCCCUUACAUUGAUGAACAACUACAGCACCUGAUGUGUAGAUAUUCAGAAAUGACGCCGGAAGACAAGAAUUUGAAUUGUCAGAAGGAAGCUGCUCAUAUAAUUAAUGCUGUGCAAAAGAAGAUCCACCUGCAGACCUUGCGGGCGCUAUCUGAAGUACAGAAAAUGACUCCAAGAGAGAGGAUGCGUCUGAGAAAGCUUCAGGCAGCCGAUGAGAAAGCAGGGAAGCUAAAAAAGCUUGUGGAGGAAAAAUAUGAAGAAAAUAACAAACGAAUGCAAGAAUUGAGAUCUCGGAACUUUCAGCAGCUAAAUGUCGAUGUGCUCCAUGAAAAAAAGCUUGUGACGGGAGCGGGAGAAGAGGAGACGCCUGAGGGGAGCCUUGCUUGUUUGCCCCGCGAGGAGGCUGACGCGAGGAGCCCACGCCUGGAAGAGGAACCUGGUGACCUGACAUCAGAGAAGCUGUUGGAGCCACAGCCCGUGUCUCCCUUGGACCUCAGCACACUUGAGUCCAAUGUCGAGGACACCAGCGCUGACCUGGGAGAUCACGAGAUCCCAGAAGACCCACUUAUAGCUGAAAAGUACUAUGCUGAUGCAUUUGAUUCCUGUUCUGAGGAGAGUGAGGAGGAGGAAGAAAUAGUGUUCUCAGGAUCAGAGGAAGAGAUGGAGCCUGAGGGACCUCAGCCUGCUUAUAGAUCAAACCAGGACAGUGAUAUUGAAGCUCUGGUCAAGUGUUUGGAGAACGUCUUGGGUUGUACCUCUCUAGACACAAGAACCGUCACCAGCGCAGCUCCAGACGUGUCCCUUGGACCAACAGUCUUCAACAGUGCGAUGGCUGAGACCAAGGUGAAGCGCAUGAGGGAAUCAGCUGUGCAGAAGCUGGGUGCAGGCGUCUUUGAGGAGGUCUAUAAUUACCUCAAGAGAGCAAGGCGGCAGAACGCCAGCGAAGCAGAGAUCCGCGAGUCUCUGGAAAAAGUGGUGCCCCGUGCCAGCGACUGCUUCGAAGUGGACCAGCUCCUCUACUUUGAGGAGCAGUUGCUGAUCACUGUGGGCGAAGGGCCCCCCUUUCAGAGCCAUCACACUGCAGCUAUCAAAACCAAACCGGUUCAAGGGGAAGUUUCUGUGAAAAACCAUUGAACACAUAAGCUGGGCCCUGUCGUGGGGAAGGGCGCUUAGCUGGAACCACCGUCUUCCUUCCUUUCGGUUGCUUGUCAAAAGGGAGGCUGUGUUGGAGCACAGGAGACGUGCCUGCUAGGCCCGGAGGCCUGGGCAGUGAGUGCUGUCCCGGCUGUGCCAUGAGCUAAGCUCGUGGAUCAAGCUGGGCCUCCUGGGAAGCACCCCAGCAUCGGGCCACGCUUGGCCACAAGAAGCCGGCUGCUCUCUGCCAUCUCCAUGUGGAUGGAUGCAGUGCCUGUCCACCUUGGGCCACUGUGCUGUGGCCAGCCUGCUCCUGGGGGUCAAUGGACCUCGGACAUGCCAGUAGCUGCCCAGGAGUCAGGCACACUUGCUCAGGUCCUCUGGUUUUGGUUCCUUUGCUCUUCCAUGAUCAAUAAGCAAGACCUGGUUUCCAGAGCCAAAAAGUGAUUCCCUUCUGUGAUGGAUCCCCCAAAUUCAUCGAUGGAAUAUUGAAGACUCUAUUCUUAAUAAAAUGACCUGGGGCUUUCUAGAAAGAAGUGAAAACCCCAAAGAAACGAUAACAGGCCCGAGCGCGUACACACCACUUUGACAGGAGGGUGACAGAUUUGUGUAAAAAUGACAAGACAAAGGAAAGGGAUUUGAGGUCCUCAGGGGGGUAACUUUGGGGACAGUGACUAGGAAAUAUAUUGGGGAAACUAAUGAAAGAUCAGGGUGAUUUUAGUAGAUUUAUUUGUACGGAUCUAUCUCAACAUCAAUCCUGUCUGCAGUGAUAAGAAUGAUCUCCUUUCCCUGGGCCAGGGAAGGCGCUGUUCUCAUAGGAACUUGUGCUUUUAGGUAGAAAAAGGAGGCCAGAGGUCUUCCUGCAUCUGCUGUUUCCUUUAAUGCUUUCAACUGAAGAGUGACCCCAGCGCCAAUGUGGCACAUUUUGGUGCCAAGCAGUGGGAAGACAAGUGCAGCCUGAAAUAGGCCAUCUGCCUGGGGUUGGUGCUGUUUGACCAUUUCGGGCAUAAGAGAAUGGAAAGCUGGAAAGAAAUGCCACUUUGGAUCAUGGCUCCAGGCCUCAGGCCUUGUAAAGGAAACUUCAUCAUGCUUACCUGGGCGUGGGGGUGGGAGCACGGGAUUUAAGAUGUGAGAAGGAAAUACCUGUCCACAAUUUCCCUGGAAAAAUGCUUUCUCCCUCAGCCACACUCUGUCUUAAAUUUGGGCCAGUCCAGUGUGAGUUUUUAUCACUAACCAAACUGCAAGUCAGUGAGUGGCAAUUGGCAGAGGAAUUAAAGAAAUGGGAAAUUGUUUGUUAUGAAACAGUCACAGGUAUAAGGAAGCAAAGGGACCCUGCUAAGUUGCUGCUUUGUAAAAAAUAUAUAUAUUUCACGAAUGCCAAUUGACCUUUCUGUCUUCUAUUUAUGCAGAGGAAAUGCCACCAGCUAUUUUGGGUGAUGCAGAGAUAAGGAACACAAAGCAAAGUGAUGGAAAUUAAUUAUUUAAUGUAUUUGGGGCUGAGACUGGAGUAAAAGUUGUACGUCUAUUAUAUUAUAAAAGACUCCAGCAUCACAGUGGGCUCAGGAUAAAGGAGGCUGACAAACUGAAUGGUAGUUGUGGGGUGGGGGGAAACGAGGAAAAGCAUACCCCAGUCUUCUUUUAAGAUGAUAGGACAGCUAACUAGUGUGUCAGAAGAGACUAGGACUAGGGAGCGACACAGACAGACUGAUAGCCACAACUUGUAGAAGGAAAAAAGAAAUUUGAACUUGAUGCCAAACGACUUGGAUUUUAGACUCAUUGUCACCAUUCACUGUGCAUCUAGGACAAGUCCUCUUCUCGCUCGGUCUUAUUUUCCUGCCCAGGUCUGAAAGUUGUGGUUGCCAGGGUGCAAAAGAAAUCAUCCCAUACCCCUCUGGGUUCUUCUAGCCUGGGAAAUAAUCAAACAAGCACAAGACAGAUCAGAGUCCCAAAUAAGUUUAAUAAUAAUAAUGCUUUCAAAAACAAAAUUCACAAAUUUAAAGAUCUAAUUGGCUUUAUUAAAUGAUUCAUGAAUCAGGCAGCAUCCCAUCGAGGUCUGCAAGGAUAGUUAAGGACAGAGGUGAGAUGAGGUAUUUAGCAAACAAAAAGGUUAUUUCAGGUAAAACCACCUUCUCAGAAAACCCUGAACCAGAACCAUCCAGCUAAGCCAUUCCUAAUUCCUGACCCACAGACUCUGUGAGAUAAUAAACUCUUACUUUGUUGUAUUGCACAUUUCUGCAGCAGAUCGGUAGACAGAAGGCAAAGUUCGGGUCUUACCGGCUGAGUUUGCUCUACCAUGCCCUGUCGCGGGGCAGCCCCAAAAAAGGUGUGAACUGGGCCUAGCUGAGCUGUAUCGUGGCACCAGAGGGAGGGCAGGUUGAGGAGGAUGAGACUGGAGGCCGCACAAGCAGGUAGGCAGUGCCGUGCAGGUGAGAAAAUGUGCAGACAUGACUGUCACCUGGUAGGCCAUAAAGAGUAGAGAUGAUAAGAAGGAACAGAGGACCGAGAACUGGAUCGGUGGGUCGUCAGAGGGUGAUGCCUCGGUUUCCAGCCUGGUGGCUGGGCAGGCAGUUGAUAGGCCAAACGGAGCUGGGGAUGUACGAUGAGGUGCAAAUGGGGGUAUGGGGGGAGGAGGAGGUUACUGAGUUCAUUCUGAGCAUGUUGGGGUUGUGUGCCUGUGGGGUAUGCAGGCAUGAAGCUGGAGGUGUCUGAGAAGUUCUGUCUUUAGAGUGAAAUGGAUGCACCUAAUGGGGUCCAGACAACACAGUGGUGGCUAUUUUCUCUGGCUUCUUGGAAUACCAUUGCCUUUUGGGCUCCGGGGUGUGACUUCAGGGGUGUGAGGAGCUAAGAGAAUAAUGACAACAGCUUCUAGCCCUUGCUGGGGGUCCUUGAGGACACACCCCACCCUGGCUGCUCUGGCUGGUGGCCCCUCCUCCCCACCCCCACACUGUGUAGUCUUCAGAUUCAGUGGCUCUCAACCACGACUCUGUAUUUGAAAUACCCUGGAGAUUUUUUGAGAGUUAAGUGGAAUGAUUUAAAAACUACCUGACAGAUGGUGGCUCUUGGUCAGUCUUCUUUCUGCCUCUAGUCUCACCAGACUGACUUCUCUCUCCCUCUCCUGGACCAAAAGGGAUUCAGCCUAUGAAAGGGUUUUGUGAAAUGCAAAGUUUCAUUCAAAUGUAAAUUAUAACCUUUACUUUCAGCUUCAUGUGAAGUCAGACAUCUUUUUAUUUUUAACUUUUUUUUUUUUUUUAGUAUGGAAAACAUCAAACUAUAUAAAAGUAAAGAGAAUAAUAGACUAAGUCCUUAAUGGAGCCAUCGUGCAGUUUCAAAAAUGAUCAGUUUGUGGUCAAUCUUAUUUUAUUUAUACUCCCACGCACUCCCCCCUUGCUGGGCUAUUCUUAUAGCAUUCAUAAAUAUUUCAGCAGCUAUCUCAAAAAGAUAAAGACUCUAAAAAAAUAAUUCACGGUACAUUUUCACACUUAAAAAAUUACAAUUCCUAUAUUAAAUGUCCGGUGUUUACAUUUCCUACCAUCUCUCAAAGUUUAUUUCUUUAAAUUAGGAUCCAAAGACAGUCCAGUGAUUCAACAGAUGUCUCCCUAAUCUCUUAUCUACAGAUUCCAACUCCAUCUCUUCUAUUUGUAAUUUAUUUAUUGAAAAAAAUAAGGUGAUUUGUCCCCUAAUGUCUGGAUCGGCCCUCCUGAUUUUUCAAAAAUAAACUAUUUUUUAGAAGUUUAAGAUUUGUAGAAAAAUUGUGGAAGUACAUUAUCAUCUGUAUUUGUUACAAUAAGGGACUAAUAUUGAUAUUUAUUAUUAAAGUCUGCACUUUAUUCAGAUUUCCUUCCUUUUUACCUAAUAUCCUUUUCCUAUCCAGGACACUGUCUGGUCGACCAUGCUACACCUCGUCGUCACGAAGCCGUAGGGCCCUCUUUGUUGCGAGUUUCUCAGACCAUCCUCCUAUUUCAUGACCCUAAGAUCUGAGGCGUGCAGGUGAGUGAUCUGUAGAAUGUCCCUUAGCUGCUUCCCAGGGCGUGUCUUUUGGGAGGAAGAACACAAAUGCAGCCAUAUUCAUCAC